CUCGAGAUGGGUCGUGGGAAGAUUGAGAUAAAAUUGAUUGAGAACCCCACGAACAGGCAGGUCACCUACUCCAAGCGAAGGAAUGGUAUCUUCAAGAAAGCUCAUGAACUCAGUGUUCUUUGUGAUGCUAAGGUUUCACUCAUCAUGUUCUCCAAAAACAACAAGAUGCACGAAUACAUCAGCCCUGGCCUUACGACAAAGAAGGUAAUUGAUCAGUAUCAGAAGACUUUGGGGGAUAUCGAUCUGUGGCGUUCUCAUCAUGAGAAAAUGCUUGAAAACUUGAAGAAACUGAAAGAUAUUAACAAUAAACUCAGAAGACAGAUCAGGCAUAGGAUAGGUGAGGGUUUCGAUAUGGACGAUAUGAGCUUCCAGCAACUGCGUAGUCUUGAAGAAGAUAUGGUGUCUUCUAUUGGGAAAAUACGCGAACGAAAGUUCCAUGUGAUCAAAACUCGUACUGAUACCUGUAGGAAAAAGGUUAGAAGCUUGGAGCAGAUGAACGGAAAUCUCCUGCUUGAACUUAAGGAAAAGUGUGUGAUCCAUCCACAAUUUCUUUUGCACGAUGAAGGAGACGAAUUGGCCAACGGUGCCUCCAACCUGUAUGCAUUCUGUCAGCACCAUACUCAUCUAAAUCUUCCCCACCAUGGAGAAGGGUUUAAAAUUGAUGAUCUGCGCCUGGCUUGAGUGGC